AUGGGAUGCGCUGCAGCUAUUCCUAUGAAAAUUACAAUUAGCCCAAAUCUGAAUAGGACUUCAAUUUCUCCAGUUGAUAAUCUAUAUUCGUUAGUUGAAGAAGUGAUACAAGGAGUUAACAAAAUAAAUGCUGGCCUUUCUGUAGCUAUUGAUAAAUUUGAAACUGUAACUGGGCUUCAUAACCCUAAAAGAGGUUUAGCUUGUGGAGUUCUUGCAUUACUAGGGUGCAUUGCUGCAUACCUAGAUGGCAAUUUAUUGAAAGUAUACAUAGUUUUAUGGCAUUUACCGAUUUCCUUAUAAUUUUUCUUUAAUAUACUAUUCAUCAUAAAUUUAUAUAAACUUUCAUAUUUUGGAUUGCACUCCUGGGAUUAGCAUGGAUUUCUCAAAACUCUCAGAAAAUCUAUCAAAUGAUUUUAUGCUGUGGGUAAUGGUAACUAAAGAGAUAGAAUCAGCAGUAGAAGACUAUGAAUGCUUACUUCCCUGCCUCGUAAGCAAAGAAAAUUUUUUGUUCGCUCACAAAGGGGGGUUAAUUAAUUUUUAAACAUUUAUAUAUAAAUUACAAAAAUAAAUUUGAAAAAAUUUUAAAGCAAAUAUUAUUUCAAUUUGUAAAAAUUUAAGUUUUAAAAUGUAAAUUUUUUGAAAUUUAACAGAAUUAGCUCAAGAUUUAACUAUAAUAAUUAUCAAAAUAUUUUCGAUAAAAAAUUUUUGUUCACUCACGGAGAGCAGGCUUAGGCCGAAAAAUAGGAUUUUAUAAUAGUUUUGUAGCUCACAGAGAGGGAGUUAGCAGUCAAAUUUAAAUCGAUUAUUGAAUCAUAUCAAGAUGUUGCCCUAUCGUUACAGACAGAAAGAAGCAAUUAUGAAAGCCAAGAGUUUUUAAAGCUGAAGGGAAUUGCCAAGGAGAAUAAAAUUAAGUUAAAAGAGAGUGCAGAGUUUUACGGAGAAGUUUUAGGGAAAAUUAAAAAUUAUAUGAGUGAGCUAGAAGGAAUACAGCAUGGGCUGCAAACACAAGAGCUGACGUUAGAAAUUUUAAGGAUUGGGCAGCAUGCGAAAAAUAGAGAAAUUGAUAAUCCGGUCAUAUUGAUGGAAAAAAUAGGAGAUUAUAUAGAAGAUGUUUCGAAUAGGUAUAUGUGUUUUACAAUUAAUUAA